AUGCUCGCUAGAUUACAAUCCAGAAACUUGUGGCCGCUUAUUGGCGCUGCCGGUGCCAUUGGUGCUGUUGGUUUGGCCUACCGUUUGUCCAACCCUAUCUUGAACGAUACCGGUAAGACCUUCACCGGUGGCGACGAAUGGAUCGACUUGAAGUUGAAGGAGGCCCGUCAGGUCUCCCACGACUCCAGACACUACGUGUUUGAGCUCAAGGACCCCGAGCACACCUCCGGUUUGAUCACCGCCUCCUGUUUGAUGGCAAAGUACGUGACCGAAAAGGGUAACAACGUCAUCAGACCAUACACCCCAAUCUCUGACUCCGACCAGAAGGGCACCAUUGACUUUGUUAUCAAGACUUACGAGAACGGUAAGUUCUCCAAGCACUUAUGGAACUUGAAGCCCGAUGACACCGUUGCUUUCAAGGGCCCUGUUGUCAAGUGGAAGUGGGACCCCAACCAGUUUGAGAAGAUCUCUUUGAUUGGCGGCGGAUCCGGUAUCACCCCAUUGUACCACUUGCUCAGCGAGAUCGCCAGAAACCCAGAGGACAAGACCAAGGUUGACUUGUACUACGCCUCAACCAGCGUUCCUGACAUCUUGUUGAAGAAGGAGAUUGACGAGAUUGCCGCCAAGCACAAGGACCAGGUCCAGAUCCACUACUUUGUUGACAAGGCUGAGGAUGGCUGGGAAGGCAACACCGGUUACAUUGGCAAGGACUUCUUGAAGGACCACUUGCCUCCUCCAUCCAAGGACUCCAAGAUCUUUGUGUGUGGUCCUCCACCAAUGUACAAGGCCCUCUCGGGUAUGAAGGUGUCUCCAACCGACCAGGGCGAGGUCACUGGUGUCUUGGCUGAAUUGGGCUACAACAAGGAUCACGUCUUUAAGUUUUAA